AUGGAGGCUAAUAUGGAUGCUCAAGGUGUGUGGGAGGCGAUCGAGCCAGCCGAUGGAGUGACGGUGGACGUGAGGAAGGAUAAGAUGGCUCGCGCUUGUAUUUUCCAGGCGGUGCCGGAGGAUAUACUGCUGGUAAAGAAGGCGAGGGUGCAGACUCUUAAGAGUGAGUUUGAAGCCCUAAGAAUGAAGGAAAAUGAUUCCAUUGAUGAAUUUGCCGGAAAACUGAGUGCACUGGCUAACAAGUUUGGUGAACUUGGACAAACUCUGGAUGAUGCCACUCUUGUGAAGAAACUGUUUGGCUCCGCUCCAGCUAGAUUUUUGCAGGUUGUUGCUUCAAUCGAACAACUGGUUGACGUGGAAACAAUGCCGUUUGAGGAGGCCAUCGGACGCCUGAAGGCAUACGAGGAACGAAUCCGAAAGGAUGAUAGUCACGGAGACCAACUGCUCCUCACUCAUGAAGAGUGGAGUGCAAGAGCAAGAAGAAACAAUGAAGAGACCUGGAAACUAAACAGGGGAGGACUGGAUGGACGGAGCUGGGGUAGGGGACGCAGCGGAGGCCAAGGACGUGGGAGGAGAGGUCGAGGCCUUCCUACUUCGUCGCACCAAGAAGGUAGCAGCAGUGGAAGCAGGGACAAAAGACAUAUAAAAUGUUACAAUUGUAGCAAAACAGGGCACUAUGCGUCUGAAUGUUGGAAUGAGAAAAAGGAAGAGGAGAUUAAUCUCAUCCAGGAUGAAGAACCGGCUCUUUUGUUGGCUAUGUCACAAGAGAAAACACAAAUGGUAGGAAAGAUGCAAGGUUUUGUAAUGCUAACUGAGGAAGAAGUGUUCCCAGAACUACAUUGUGCAGAGAAAGAACAAUCCUAUAAUAGCAUAUGGUACUUAGACAAUGGAGCUAGCAACCACAUGACCGGUGAUCGUGCGAAGUUCCAGAGUUUUGAUGAAAGCAUCACUGGGUUUGUGAAAUUUGGAGAUGGCUCUCAUCGUUGA